GAUGCUUUUCGUUUCGUGUUGCGCUUGUGUUUGGUUUGCUGACGCGCUGCUCAUUGCCGCCAUUUGAAAUAAACGGUGAAAGACUUACAGUUUUUUUAAUUUGUUAAUUGUGAAAAUGGAAGAUCUGUUAGAUAUAUUACGAAAUGCGUCCCAACUGACUGAAGAAUUAAAUGCGCUACGAAAGGCUCAUUUUGAGGAAUUGGAUCAAUUAUUUUUUGGCAUUACACCAGCUCCCAAGCAAUUGAGCAGCUCAGUGACGCCGCAGCAGACGAAGAAGCGUCCGAAGCGUCUCACAUCCCUGGCAGAGGAUGACGACGAUGAUGCAGCUGUCGUCAACGGCAGCGACGCUUCGCAGCGGCAGAGCGCGCGCAUGAGCAACUCACAGCUGCUGGCGGUGGCCCAGGAGGAGGAGGAGGAGGAUCAGCUCCCUGAGGAGAUUAAUACCACGGGCGUGCUGAUGCCGCCGCCUCCGGCUCCGUUGGCAGCAGCUGAGAUCAGCAUGAGUUCCGGGCGACCACAGCGUGCGGCCAAAUUACGCUCGGAGAAGAAUCUGAAGGAGCCAACACUAAACGCCAAAUUGCGCAGACCCAGCCAUGAUGAAAUGAUCAAGAUCAAGCAGGAGAGUGAGCAGCGUGCCUCUCAAGCUCACAUCACAAAGAAGACAAGCUCAACACCAGCUCAUCCUGUAGAGAAUCACACUCCAGUGGUGCCACCAAAGCCAACAGAGGAGGGGAGCACUGACCACACUGUUCGCACUUCCAGUUUGCGGGUUAAGGUCAAGCGGGAGAAGCUGAGCUGCGAAUCCAUAGCAACAACCACAACAGCAAUAACAUCAUCAAACACAACAUCAACAGCCACUCUGGAGGCAACAAAAACAACCAUCAAUGAUGAAACUGUUAACAACACAACAACAACAACUGCAGUGAACAACACAACUACAGAAAACAACAACACAACAGCAGCUCCUGCCAAGAAAGGACGCAAAAAGAAGGAGAAUCAUAAACCGAUUAAGGUGGAACGUUUUAGUGAUCUUGACAAGAAUUUGCCAGUGUCCUCCAGGACGCGUCAAGGCAGCAACGUGACACACAACUCACAGGAGUCGCAGGCGCCUUCAAAGCGCUCCAUCUACGAGGAUGCCAUCGAGGGAGGAUCAACCACAUCUGAAGUCCAUCAGCUGCAGGUCAAUAAAACGGUGACUGUACUGUCUAAUCCAGAAACCACAUUCAAUGUACCAACGGGAAAUGCAACAGUCACAUUGGCGAGCAAUGAAACAUUCCAAGUGGCAGCUGGAGGCGCUGAGGACGAUAAGGAGGAAUCCAUGGAGACUGCGCGUCAGUGCAGCCUGCCAAAGUCGGGACAGGAAAAUAGUCUAAUGACCGAAGAUGAGUCCAUUGUGGAUGUGGUGGUAAAGGCACCAGCAACCAAACCAACACAACCCAAGUUACCCACAUCCAUUAAGAACAAAAUGCCAACCCGAACCCACGAGCUGUUCAAUCCGCUGCUGGAGAGUCCAGUUAAGAUGCGAGUAGAAGCAUUCGAAAAUGCCGCCAAUGCCCAAACCAAUCUGCGCUCAAAGCGUACAAAGGAGUUGGGAGCAACCGGAAGCAACACAACUCCGCUUAUUGGCAAAUUACCGGCGCCCACAUUGGGACGCUUCCUCACCCCGACUCAGAGCGCCAAUGCGGUGCCGUUGAACUCGGCGGUGGCGAAGAAGGCGCCGAUGAGCGCCAGCAAGGCGGCAACUCUUACAAAAUCGAACACAGGAACAAAUCUAAAGUCCACAAAUUCGAGUUCGACCAAAACGUUAUCAAGGGAGAACAGCGGCGAUGAUUUUCGCAAGGGACUGCAUCAGCUGGCUGAGGACAGAAAGAAGCAGCGGGAGUUGAAGCAUUUGCAGGCGGCACAGCAGCGUGAGGCCAAGGAGCGCGAACGGGCUGAACGCAUGGCCAGGGUGGCCGAGGAGAAGCGCCUCAAGAAGGAGAAACUGGAGGAGCGCAAGAGACUGGAAAUGGAGGAACUGCAGCGCAAAAUCAAUCAACAAGAGGAGGCCGAACGCAUCAAGAAGGCAAGGGCCAAGGAGCAGGAACGCGAACUGAUGCAGCAAUUAAAGAUCCAGCAACUGAAGGUGCAGCAACAAAAUUCAGCCAAGGCCAAACAAAAUAUGAUGCCGCCACCACCGAAGUCGAAAUACACGUUCGAAAUGCUGCACGAGGAUGAUUCGACCGAUGACGAGGGCAAGGUGUCCCACAAGAGACCGCCGGUACCCAACUGGAGUCGCUCUCAUGUUCGUGGCGCCGCGAUCGUAAUGCAAAGCCAUUGUCCCACCGAUGUCAUUGACAGCUUCUUUUCAGUGGCGCCAACCACGCCGGAUCUAAAACUGAUCUUCCCGAACAUAGAUCCCAGCCAUUUGAAGCGCAACUCAAGUGUUCUGUGGUCCACACCACCGCGCUACUCCGAGCUGCCCAAAUACUAACUAAUCGAGUUAGGAACAGUUUUAUUAUUAAUCUACUUUCAUUAUGCAAUUUACAAAUCCCACAAUCCACAUUGUUUGUUGGCAAAUGCCUCAAGUUAAUGAAAACAUUGUAUUCAAUAUUUAA